UUCAUCGGCGGGCUGGGCUCACGGGCGGACGAGGCGAUGGACGGCGAUGGGCGGCGACGGGGACGACGACGGCAGCAAUGGGCAAUGCUCGAGAGGCGGCGAGCGAGCGUGGAGCCGUGGAAAUCGGCUGGCCGUCGGGAUGAGCGUGUCACGAUGCGCUGCUGGUCGGCGGGCUGUUUCGCUGUUUCGCAGGGCUCGGGGGAUCCGCUUGGGCGAUCAUCAGCCGCAGCAGCGGCCACUCUGCGACUUUUCUACCUGGACGCCAUCAAACCCAGUGACGACACAUACUUCUCUGUCAGCAGCUGAAGCGUCAGCCGGGAUGCCUCUGUCUGCUCCUGCACCAUGUCCGUAACGCUGCACACCGAUCUCGGUGAUUUGAAAAUUGAGAUCUUCUGCGAAAGCGUUCCUCAGACCGCAGAGAACUUCCUCGCCCUCUGCGCCUCGUCCUUCUACGAUGGCUCGCCCUUCCACCGCCUGAUACCCUCCUUCAUGGUCCAAACCGGCAGUCCUGCCUCCGACCCCAAGUCCAAGACUUCCACUUCCAUCUUCGAGACGCCGGACCGUCUUUUCGAAGACGAGAUCCGUCCUGCUCUUCGACACAACGCGCGCGGCAUGGUCAGCAUGGCAAACAAGGGCCCCAACACCAACGGCAGCCAGUUCUUCAUUUGCUUGGCCUCGGCUCCUCACUUGGACGGGAAGAAUACCGUUUUCGGCCGUGUCAUUGAGGGAUUGGAUGUGCUCGACCAGCUGGAGGGUCUUGAGGUAGACAAGAAGAACCGCCCUAAGGAAAAGGUGGUUAUUAAAAGCGUCACCAUCCAUGCCAACCCAUUGGCCGGUUGAAGAAGGCGGGGGCUGGAUGCGGACGAAGUAGAUUCGCAUGGUCAACAGUCUCCUGGGAGCAGUGCAGGCUUGUAGAAGAAUCGCAAGCCGAAAUCUAGGACGGAAGCCAAUUAAUACACAGUGAAAUGAUG